UAUGGGCUGUCGAGCGCUGGCUGCUGCUUUUCUGCUCCUGGAAGCGGCCGAGGGGGGAAGCGGCGAGUCAACAUGGAGCUCUCGGCGGUGGGGGAGCGGGUGUUCGCGGCCGAAGCCCUCCUGAAGCGACGCAUUCGCAAAGGACGCAUGGAAUACCUCGUGAAAUGGAAGGGCUGGUCACAGAAGUACAGCACGUGGGAGCCCGAAGAAAAUAUUCUGGAUGCUCGCCUGCUUGCAGCCUUUGAGGAAAGGGAACGGGAGAUGGAGCUCUAUGGCCCCAAAAAGCGAGGACCCAAGCCUAAAACCUUUCUUCUGAAGGCCCAGGCCAAAGCAAAGGCUAAAACCUAUGAAUUCAGAAGUGACUCUGCCAGAGGCAUCCGGAUCCCCUACCCAGGCCGAUCACCACAGGAUUUGGCAUCUACUUCCAGGGCCCGAGAGGGCCUUCGGAAUACAGGUCUGUCCUCACCAGGGAGCAGCACCAGUGUCUGCAGGGCAGAUCCACCUCGGGACCGGGACCGGGAUCGAGAAAGAGGUGCCACCGGUGGCCGUAUGGAUGACAAGCCCAGCUCACCGGGGGACAGCUCCAAGAAGCGAGGACCCAAGCCCCGGAAAGAACUCCUAGACCCUUCACAGAGGCCCUUGGGAGAGCCCAGCGAUGGCCUUGGAGAAUACCUCAAAGGCAGAAAGCUGGAUGACAGCUCUUCUGGGACAGGAAAGUUUCCAGCCGGCCAUAGCGUGAUCCAACUUGCUCGAAGGCAGGACUCAGACCUGGUACAAUAUAGUGUGACCAGUCCUAGCUCGGCAGAGGCCCCUGGCAAGUUGGCUGUGGACACCUUUCCAGCCAGGGUAAUAAAGCACAGGGCUGCUUUCCUGGAGGCCAAAGGCCAAGGUGCCCUGGAUCCUGGUGGCCCCAGGGUUCGACAUAGUUCAGGUACCCCAGGCUCAGUGGGGAGCCUGUAUCGGGACAUGGGGGCUCAAGGGGGAAGGCCCUCCCUCAUCGCCAGGAUCCCAGUGGCCAGAAUCUUGGGGGACCCAGAGGAAGAGUCCUGGAGUCCCUCCCUGACUAACCUGGAGAAGGUGGUUGUCACAGAUGUGACCUCAAACUUUUUGACCGUCACCAUUAAGGAGAGUAACACGGACCAAGGCUUCUUUAAGGAGAAAAGAUGAAUUGCUGGGUAUGGGGAGCCCAGGACCAGAGCAGGCGAGAGUGAGCUCAAAUGUGGCUUAGUGCUUUUUAUUUCCGAGUGGCUGUGGCCUUCUGGUUGGUCCUGUCCUUAAUUUCAUACCAUCUCCCUGGAGUCCCUGUCAUUCCCCCUUUCUCAGUUCUGGUUGGAAAAUUAUCUAGAGUUCUAUUUUCUAUUAGAUGUAAAUAUGUUAUUUAAGAAAAAUAUCUAAAUAUAUAUAUUUCAACUCUUGAA